AUGGACAAGGAUUAAGAAACAAAAAAGUUACACCAUUAAAGUGAAUAAUAAAAUAUAUAAUGUAAUUCUUCAACUGAUGUGAAAUUGGAAGAGAUUGAUUCAUUUUGGAACUACAAUCUUAAGUAGAGUGGUUUUGUUAAUAUAGAAGAUUUAUUCUAAAUCUAAGUAGAGGACAAUAGUACUUUGGAAUAAAUAGCUUCAAAACUAAAAUUAUUCUUAAAACCUCAAAUUGAAAAUGUAAAAGUUAAUUUCAUAAUUAGUUUUUGAAAGUCAAUCGUAGAAAUGUUAAACUAAUUAAAUAUCCAAAAGCUUAAUGGAACCAUAAUUUAAUUAUUUAGAAAAAGGUGGCUAAAUAAUUAUAAUAUUCAGAUUAAUAGGCUGUAUAUUCAACUGAUGAAUAAGUUAUUAUUCACAAUAUUGAGCCAUAAUUAAUACAUUAAUAUACUAAUUAUUUAAAAAUAGAUUAAAACAUAAAAGUAAGUAGUAUGUAUAAAAUAGAGAUAAGAAACUCAAGAUCUAAAUUUUAAGUACAAUUUUACUUCAGAUUUAAGAGAAAAAUAUAAAAUUGAUGUUCUUAAAGUAAAUAAAUAAUUAUGGAGAUCAUAAGAAGGAGUCAAAGAAAUGAUAAUGCUUAAUAAAAAAUAUGCUCUUAAUCAAAUGGAUUUUAGUAAGAUUAUUAUAAUUAAAUUCUAGUUUAAAUUUAUUCUUAAUAUUUAUAUUUAAUUGAAAAAGAAAAUAUUUCAAAAUUAUCUUUAGAAGAAAUAUCUGAAUACCUCUAAAAAUAAAUAAUUAAAAAGAAUAUAAAUUUAGAAAUAAAUUUAAACUCAUUAAUUCAGAUCUAUUUAUAAUUAUAAAAUAAUUAGUUUUCUGAAAUAAAAUAAACAAUAUUUUAAAAAAUAAAUCUUAUUUAAUAAUUUGAUUUAACAUCAAUUUAGAAAUUAUCUUUAAAAUCAUAUAGAACUAAUGAAUAUCUUUAAAAAGAUUUAGCAUUUAUUUGUAAUUCUUGUUCAUUAUUUAAAAAUUUAUGUAAAUGUAAAUUUACUAAUCAUUUGGCUUAAAUUAAGAAUUUUUUAGAAUUUUGUUGUAUUUUAAAUUAUAAACCAAACACAAAAAAACCAUAAUGGUGUUAUGAUGUUAUAAAGGCUAAUGCAUAAAAUUAAUGUGGAAUAAGAUGUUAUAAAAAUAAAAAUAAUUUUGAAUUAUUAAGGAAGAAACCUAAUAAUAAUGAAUUAAAUGAAGAAUUUUAACCAAUUAUAAUUGAUAGAGAUCCAUGUUUAUUGGCUUAAAUAUAUGAGUAGGAUUGUAUAUCAAUUUUUACAUAAGCUAGAUAUAGAUAUAAAGAAAUUAAAGAAUAAUAUUUAUAAUCGAUUAAAUAGAUAUAAGAAAAUCAAGAUAAAGCAGCACUUAUUAAUUAUCCAUUUAAUAAUGCAAAUUUAUAUAUUCCUUGUUGUCAUUAAUAAGAUUUCAAAUGUGAAAAUUGUAAUUGUGAUAAAUUUUGUUCAAAAUAUUGUGAUUGUCAACAAGAUUGGUGUUCAAAAAAGCUUAAAGGAUGUGCUUGUAAAGAUAGAUGCUCUAUAGAUAGUAAAUGUUCAUGUAGAAGAGAUAAUGUAGAAUGUGAUCCAUUAGUAUGUAAAUGCUGUACUAUUGAUUCAAAUUUAAUAUGUUCAAAUACCCAGAUUUUAAUCAAUAACGUUAAACCUACAUUAUUAGGAAGAUCAGGAGUAUGUAAUGGAUUAGGAGUAUUUGCAAGAAAUUACAUAAUGAAAGAUGAAUUAAUAAUUUUAUAUAUUGGAGAAGUACUUAUUGAUGAUGAAGAUGAAAUAAGAGAUUAAUUUGAUGAUACAUUUACAUUUUAUAAUUAUUCUUUAAAUGAUGACAAAUAUUCAUUAGAAAGUAGAUUCUGUGGAAAUGAAAGUAGAUUUAUUAAUCAUAAUAGUUCAAAUUUAAUGAAUUGUAAAACUAGAUAAAUAUAUUCAUCAGGUAUUAAAAUAAUUUUUAAUUUUAGGAAAAUUUCAGUUAGCAAUAUUUGCUUUAAAAGAUAUAUAUCCAGAACAAGAGAUACUUUUGAAUUAUAAUGAAGGUGAUUAAAUUAAUAGAGACCUUAAUAAUUGGGUUGAUGUCAACACUUAAUACUGGAAUUAUAAGUAUACUACAUUGAUUGGAAAAAAAUGA